UUCGCUGAGCUGACUGUGUUGACGAUCUGCACGUAUACAAAAUAUGUUGUUAUAUACACUUUUAUCUAAAAAGUAUAGAAAUUUGAAUAUAUUAUAAGGCAUUGAAUUAAGAAAUAUUGCAUUUGUAAAAAAAAGUGUUUACCAAGUUGAUUAGAACAAUAAUUAAUGAAUCUUUUGAGACUAUUGUCUUCCAAGUGUCAGGUAAUGAAUGAUACUUCGCAACUUACGAUUUUAUAAGUUAUAAAAAUGGACACUGACAUGGAUGUACAGGAUACUAGCCAGCAAAAUAAUUCUCAAGUGAAUCAUGAAAACAGUUUACAUACCAAAAUUUGGGUAUCCAUCAAUGAUACAAUAUUAAAAUUGUUUGCAACCCUGGAAAAAGACGAAGAAUUAAUAUCUUCUAAUGAAGCAUGCUUACAGCACUUUUUAGUAUCAUUGUUAUCUCAUUUUAAUAAUUUGAAUAUUCUUGCUCCACCUAUUAAUCAAAAGAUUUCUCAAGAUGUUGAACAACAGUAUGAUGCUUUUACCACUUGGCUGUUUGGAGCUAUGUUUUAUCUUGUUAAUUUACCUGUAACUUCUACAUCGUUAAAACAAAUUGUUGAUAUUCAAGUUUGUAUGUUAAGAAUUUUAUCUCGCCUUCAUCUUGGAACAUUACAGACUAUUACUUCUGAAUACCUUAGUAUUCUUGAUGAUUUGAUAAUUUUUUGUAAAAAUAACUCAGUAAAUAGAAUGAUAUUAGAAAAAUUUGUAGUCAAAUCUGGAGCCAUAGAUAAUGUAGAUUUACAAUCAUUCACUGUAAAAGUAACUAACGAUAAUGUUUCAAUAUUUCAAAUUUCAAUUUUGAAGAUUAUUGCUGAUUCUGAUGUAUCUUGUUGGCCCAAAGAUAAACUCCAUAAACAUUUAUUAAAUAUUUUAAUAGAUACUGAACCAAUGGUUAAACUUGUUGGAUUACAAGUAUGCACUGAAGUGAUAAGUAAAAAUUUAAUGGAUCAUAAUGAUUUAGAAAGUAUAGUUUUAUAUGCAUUAGAGGUAAUAAAAUGUUUACCUUACUGGCUUGACAAAGGAUUAAUCCCUUUGAAUAGUUGUCAAGAAUAUACAAAUACUUUCAGACAACUCAUUAUAUCAGUUGAUGAUCCUGUGUACUUCAAUUUAUUUUUUGAAAUUUUUUCUCUAGCUGCAAAACAUAUUUUAAGAUCUAAUAAUUUAGAAAUUGAAAUAUGUAAAAAAAUAGAACAUCAUCUUGAUAAGCAUCCUAAGUUAUACGAAACAACCAGUAUAGAAACUUGUUUAUUUUACUUUGCAAACUGUCCUAAUUUUACAAAUAUCAUUGUCUGCUUCAUUGUGCAUGAGAUAGAAAAUUGUUCAACAGAAAUAACAACGGACAAUUUUGCUAAAUCUUGUGAACUAUGGAAAUCUCUGAAGGAUUUAUUUAACAAAUAUUUAAAACAUGAAAAAUAUGAGGAACUACUUAAUUUUUUCAAAUUAACUAAAGUAUUAGAUUUUCGACUUGUGCAACAACAAAAAACUAUUAAACUUCUUGAUGGUGAAAUCCCCAGAAUAUUUUCCACAUUUUUAAAUACUUUAUCUACCAAUAACUAUAAACAGAACAAAUUGGUAUUUGAAAAUUUUGUUCAAUUGAUAUCUCUUCAAGAAGUUGAUAAAGAUGAAAUUCAAAACGUAUUAUCGCUACCAUGGCUGGACGUAACUUCAAUUAAAGUAUUUAAUUUUACGAAAAUUCAACUUGCAAAUGCUAAGUCUCUUGACUUUGCUACAAAAGUUAAGUGCCUCAAUGCAAUUGGUAUGCAUGGGAAAGGCCAGCAUCGAUUAGAUAUUUUCAACAUGUCUAUAUCCAACUGUGAAAUUGAGCUAGGAGUCGCAAGUAUUAUGAACUGCCCAAUUCUCUUACUAGAUAAAAAUAUUAAAUUCGAUGAAAUAGUACAACAUAUUCUUGUACCAGCUUAUAAUACUCAAAAAUGCCCACUACUGGAAGCACUUGCUUCUACAUUGGGAAAACUAGCUUGUUUUACUUCUGGAAGUGGACUAAUUAUUAGAGAUUCUUCAGAUCCUAGCAGCUGGACUGUACAAUGUGAAUACUGUGAUAAAGUUAAAUUUGAAAAUACGCACUGUCCAAAAGUAGUCUCUUCUACAUUUGAUACAUAUUUUUGUUCAUUUUUUGAGAUAUUCAAUUCAACUAACAAAAAAGUUCGCUUAAAUAUCUCGAAAAAUAUAAUCAGAUUUUCCAAUCAUAUUCCAAGUUUUAACGGUAAUGCAUUAGUACAAAAGUGGAUUCCCUAUAUACAAGAUAAUGAAGAAGAAGUGCGAUUGAAUUUGAGUAGAUCAAUCCAGUUUAUUUUAACAAACAGAAUCUCAACUUCUUUUCCCAACAAAAAACUUAUUGAUUUAAUUCCUCAAGAUCUGGAAGAUUUUAUAAAAAUGAUCACAGAUCAACUUAUUAUUGCCCAAACUAAUGCUUUGGAAACUGGUAAUCACUCAUUGCAUGAAACAGUUUUACUCACAGCAAAAAAUGCAGCUUGUAUUCCAUCCCACUUAACAGAGAAAAUCUGCGCAGGUCUUUUUAUAGUAACUGUCUUACAUGUGAAAUCCUCGAAUCUAUCAAUUGCAUUAGCUACUGAUGCCUAUGCAGAAGUAGCUUUUUAUCACAAAACUAGCUUAAAAUCACUGUAUAUUCGUUACAAAAAAGAUUUUCUAAAGAUUAUGGUAACAUUAGCUGUUCAUAAUAGGAUCAAUUAUGAUUAUAAUAUGGCAACUUCAAUACAUAGAAUGGCUAAAUGCCUUGGGUACCAAGGAUCUCGACAAUUACUACGCAAAGAUGGACAUCAUGCGAUUUGCCUGUUACUACCACAGAUGGUAAAAUAUGAAAAAGCAAAAUUUUUGCUUCAGGACAUCGCUGAAUUAGUUAAUAUUAAAGAAAAGGAUAUGUGUAGAAUGUAUUUUCAACAUAUAUGCUGUCAGGUUUUUUUAUUUGAAGAUCAAGAUACUGGUAUGGAAAUUUUUAAAUUUGUAUCGCAAAUAACUGAUACGAAAGUAUCAAUUUUAACGGGAGAAUGUAUUACGCUAAUAAUUAAUGAAUUAAUGCUACAUUUCCAUGCCCAAAAAGACAAAAUUCUACAACAAUUGCAAUUUAUGGCAAAAUUCGAUUCUCAAAAUCUAAUAAAUAUGGAUUCUGUAAAAGGAAUUGCAAAGUAUUUAAAUCCGAUGUUGCAUGGAAUAUUAGUUACAUUUGACGCUAAUCUUAACACUAAUUCUGAAGAGUUUAUGCAAAAAUGCGCGCUCGCAUCUCUCGCUGAAUUAAUCAAAUUCAUGGGUGCAACAUAUGUUGCACCAUACAAUUAUAAAAUUCUAACAACUUUAAGAACAGCUUUAGGACUUACUAGACCAGGAUUUAGGAAAUUAGCAUGUGAAGCAUGGGAUUCUUUCCUUAGAAAUACGUCUAUCAAUGACAUAGGUCCCCUGCUAGCAACUAUUUGUAUAUCAUUGGUACCCUUGCUUGAAACAUAUCCAAGACAAACUAAUGAUAUGUUAGAUUAUCUGUUAAUUCAAAACAAAGAACUUCUCAAAGAUCAUCUUUUGGACUUGUUUUUCAUUAAUGAUUUGAAAUUAUCUCCGAAUAUCUCAACGCGAAUAAUUAAUUUCAUUAAACAGAACAAGCCAACUACUGUAGAAGGAAACUUGCAAUUUUGGAUUAAAAAAAUUAAGCACGAAACUGACGAAGUUCGAUUGAAAGCAUUACUAUACUUGAAACAAUACUUAUCAAAAAGUCGCAAUGAAAUUAACGAUUUAAUUCUAUCCGAUAUUAAUGUUGAUCCUCUUAUCGUAGAGUUGUUAGAUGCUCUUAUGAGCCGAUGUCAGGACAAGGAUGAAGCCAUUCGAAUUGCUAGCGGCGAUUGCAUAGGUGAAUUGGGUGCAAUUGAACCUAGUCUUUUACCCAGAAGAAUAAUUUCUCGAGGAGAUAGUAAUUUCAUAUUUGAUAUGAACCAAGAUUUUGCAUAUGCUCUAUUUUUCGAGUUAGUAGGAUUAUAUCAUUCUCAAAAAAGUACUCAGAGUAUGGACUGUUUUUCAUUGGCGAUUCAGGAGAUUUUGAGAACUUAUGAGAUAUCGCCAGAAGGUAGAAAUAAAAAAUUGUGGAAAGAUUUAUCUCCAAAAAUUCAGCGAAUGGUCACUCCUUUAUUGACAUCCCAUUAUACAAUAAUGACUAGCACCGAUAUUGAACAUUCUGGUCCCAUAUACGGAUCCGAUUUAGGAUCGACAUUUGAGUUAUGGAUCUUCAAUUGGACCAUCAGCAUGUUAAAGAGUAUCAAGGAAAGCAACAUAAACACAGUUCUAAGGGCUUGUCGACCAGCUUUUAAAAGAAAUAUCAAAAUCAUUACAUUUUGCAUUCCCUACAUAGUUGCUCAUAUUAUCAUGAACGGUUCAAACGAGGAUGUUGAAAAAGUGAAAUCAGAGAUGUUAGCCGUUAUAGAAACAAAUACACAAACGCAGGUUGAUAAAGAGCUUGCACGUCAUAGACCACUUCGAGCACCAGUUGAUCAAACGUCCAAUGGCAGCAAACGAGUAUCUGAUGAAGCUCGUCGUGUUCGCUGUUUACAAGUUUUAUUUUCGUGUCUCGACUAUUUGCUGCGAUGGUUAAGAGAGCGGCGAAAAACUCGCGAUUCGACCUACGAAAAAAUCAAAAAUUUUUGUAAUAGUUUUUCAAAGCUAGUUCUUGCUAAAAGAUGUUAUCAAUCUGGUGAGUAUCAUCGUGCUUUAAUAUAUUUAGAGCAGCACAUGAGUUCCAGUAAAAAAGGAUUAUCAGAGAUCACGGAGGGUGGUUUAUUAGCAAAAAUUUAUACUCAAUUGGAAGAACCUGAUGGAGUUACUGGUAUUUUAGUUGGUCAGGAUAAAUGCCCGACGCUACAGCAAUUAGUUUUGGCUCAUCAAGUUAAUGGACAAUUUCAAGAUGCAGCAACUUGCUUUGAAAGAUUACUGCACAAUCCAACUAUUAAAGUUCAAUAUUUGCGAGGCAUGAUUCAAUGCUAUCUUGAUUUAGAUCAACCAUUUACAGCCAUGAAUAUUACGAAAGGUGUUCUAGAAGAUAGGCCAGAACUGGAAACACUUAUCUGUGACAGCGAACCCUUCUGGCAACUUGCACAUUUUGGUAAGAUAGGAAGUGAAUCUGGAAACAAUGUUAAACUGGAUUUACAAACGGAUUUGAAAAACCACGUGAAGCCUGAUUUGUUCGAAGUCAAAAAAGAACUGGUUUCGAUGCUUACAGCUUCAUCGCGGCCUAGAGCAUAUGAACAAAGCUACUCCUACAUUAUGAAAUUACACGUCGUAAAUGAAUUUGAAAAAGCUUGCACGAUGAUGCUUGAAAACAUGGAUUGUUUGCCUACUAUUUUCGAAGAAUGGGGAUUGCGAGACAAGCUCGUUAAUGCAUCGCGGGGAGCAGAAUUCAUUUUGGAAAUGCGCAGGGCUAUUCUCGAUCUAGCCGCACAACUGCAAUCUGAAACCAAUACAGGAAAAACAUUGAUUACUGAAGAAAUUGGAAAGUUGUGGUUGAAGAGUGCCAAAAUCGCCAGAAAAGCUGGUAUGCAUCAACAAGCUUACAUGUACAUACUUUCCGCAACCGAUUCUUGCCCGCCGCAAGACUUAUGUAUCGAACAAGCUCAACUCUAUUGGGAAAAAGGAUCACACGAAGAUGCCCUUAUAACUCUGAAACGAUGUCUUGCAACGUAUUUUAAAACAGUUGCCGAGUAUAAAGAACGUCCAAAUGAGUUUACGAUUGAGCGUAGGAAAUGUGCAAAGGCAAAACUAUUAUGGGCUAAAUAUAAUGAUGAAACAUUGAACGUAGAAGCCAAUAAUAAUAUGCACAACUACAAAGAAGCUUUUGAAGUUUGGAGAGGAUGGGAAAAAAGCUGCCUUUCGGUUGCUCGUUAUUUCGAAUCUGUACUCGAUAAAAUGUCCGAUGAAGAGCGAAUGGGUCAAAGUGGACGUGAUAUGCAAACUCAUAUUAUUAAUUACUACGGAAAGUCAUUAAUGUGCGGUUGUAAAUAUAUUCAUCAGUCUUUACCAAGAAUGUUGACUAUUUGGUUGAAUUACGCAUCUCGAGCUAGAACGCAUUCCCAUUCCGACAGUGGUGUAUCAAAAGCUCUAGCUCAAAUGACAAAAAUUGUUGAAACUUACAUCGUUAGAGUGCCUACUUUCGUAUGGUUAACUGCUUUUAGUCAACUUGUUUCAAGAAUAUGCCAUCCAAAUAAAGAUGUAAAAAAUACUUUGUUCAUGCUCAUAGUAAGACUGAUCAAGGCUUAUCCACAGCAUUGUUUGUGGAUGAUGGCUUCUGUGUUUAAUUCAUCAUACACAGCAAGGCAAAGGAGUUGUAAAGAGAUACUUAAUCAUGAAACUCUAAAGACACCGUCUAUGUUGAAAUUAAUUCAACAUUUCCAUAGACUUUGGGAAAAACUAGUUGAAUUAUCUAAUAAAACUAUACCUGAUGGAAUGAGCACAACAACGGUACCUGCUCUUUCAAGGUCUCUACCAAAAUUAUUGGCUGAAAAAGAUUUUGGUCCUGUGAUGAUGCCUACAUCAAAAUUCCGUCAGCUUCAUUUGCCCAUGAAAGGUGCUAAACCAGAACAACACAAUCCUUUCGCCGACAAUUGGGUUAGCAUCAUUGGAAUAGAAGAUCAAGUUGUAGUAAUGCCUUCACUUCAACGUCCGAGACGUAUUGCUCUCAGAGGUUCUGACGGACGGUCGUAUUUGUUUAUGUGCAAACCCAAGGACGAUUUACGUCGAGAUUUUCGUUUAAUGGAAUUUAAUGAUAUCGUCAACAAAUAUUUACAAAAAGAUCCAGAAUCUCGAAGACGUAGAUUAUACAUACGUACUUAUAGUGUUGUUCCAUUGAAUGAAGAGUGUGGCUUAAUAGAAUGGGUUCCUAAUCUCAUUGGAUAUAGACAUAUUUUAAUGAAUAUGUAUAAGGAAAGAAAUAUGCUGACCACUGCAAAAGAAAUAAAAUCUAUGACAUGUGCCCUCAAAGAUGAUCUUGCGAAAAAAAGACAAAACUUUUUGGAAAAACUUUUACCAAGACAUCCACCCGUUCUUGGUGAUUGGUUUCAAUUUGCUUUUCCUGAUCCAUAUGGAUGGUACGAAGCUCGUAUAGCUUACAUUCGAACUGCUGCAGUUAUGUCAAUGGUUGGAUACAUACUGGGAUUGGGAGAUCGUCACGGAGAGAAUAUUUUAAUAGACUCAAAAUGUGGCGAUUGUGUUCAUGUCGAUUUCAACUGCCUAUUCAAUAGAGGUGAAACGUUAGAAUGGCCUGAGAGAGUGCCAUUUAGAUUGACUCAAAAUAUGGUAGAAGCUAUGGGUCCAUUAAAAUAUGAAGGACCUUUUCGGCAAUCUUGUCGUACCACCAUGAAAGUUCUUCGAGAACAAACCAAUACUCUUAUCAGCGUUUUAAAACCUUUCGUUUACGAUCCUCUCGUUAGCUGGAAUAGAAAUCAACUGAAUGAUACAGGAGAAAAAACGAACGAAAAAGCUGUUGAAAAUAUCAAAAAUAUAGAAGAUCGAUUGAAGGGAAUGGUAGGAUCUAGGACAAAAAAACUUGAAGCUCUUACAUUGUACUUGAGUGUGGAAGGCCAAGUAAAUCAUUUAAUACUCGAUGCCAUUAAUGUUGAUAAUUUAUGUCAAAUGUAUAUUGGAUGGGGGGCGUACUUGUAAAAUGUCUCAGUACAUGAAUCGUAACAAAAUACGUUUUUAAAUGAAAUAAUUACCGUGAUGUUUGUACAGAUAAUUGUAUAAUUUACAAAAA